CCAAAGCUUGUCAAUGUCCCAGGCAUGAGCCAGCCCAGGCCCCGCUACGUGGUAGACAGAGCUGCGUACUCCCUCUCCCUCUUCGAUGAUGAGUUUGAGAAGAAGGACCGCACCUACCCGGUGGGAGAGAAACUUCGCAACACUUUCAGGUGCUCCUCGGCCAAGUUCAAAGCCAUUGUGUUUGGGCUAUUGCCUGUGCUCUCCUGGCUCCCCAAGUACAAGAUCAAAGACUACAUCAUCCCUGAUUUGCUGGGUGGACUCAGUGGGGGGUGCAUCCAGGUGCCACAAGGCAUGGCAUUUGCAUUGCUGGCCAACCUUCCUGCUGUCAACGGCCUCUAUUCCUCCUUCUUCCCCCUCCUGACCUACUUCUUCUUAGGGGGUAUACACCAGAUGGUGCCAGGUACCUUUGCCGUUAUCAGCAUCCUGGUGGGUAACAUCUGUCUGCAGCUGGCCCCAGAGUCGAAAUUCCAGAUCUUCAACAACGUCACCAAUGAGACCUACGUGGACACAGCAGCGAUGGAGGCAGAAAGGCUGCAUGUGUCUGCGACACUUGCCUGCCUGACUGCUGUCAUCCAGAUGGUCUUGGGCUUCAUGCAGUUUGGCUUUGUUGCCAUCUACCUCUCGGAAUCCUUCAUCCGGGGCUUCAUGACAGCCGCUGGCCUGCAGAUCCUCAUCUCUGUGCUCAAGUACAUCUUUGGCCUGACCAUCCCCUCCUACGCAGGCCCCGGAUCCAUCGUCUUUACCUUCAUUGACAUUUGCAAAAACCUCCCCCACACCAACAUCGCCUCGCUCAUCUUUGCUCUGGUCAGCGGUAUCUUCCUGGUACUGGUGAAGGAACUCAACGCUCGGUACAUGCACAAGAUCCGCUUCCCCAUCCCUACAGAGAUGAUCGUGGUGGUAGUUGCAACAGCUAUCUCUGGAAGCUGCAAGAUGCCAAAAAAAUAUCACAUGCAGAUUGUAGGGGAGAUCCGACAAGGGUUUCCCACUCCAGUGGCACCGAUGGUUUCACAGUGGAAGGACAUGGUGGGCACAGCCUUCUCCCUGGCGAUUGUGGGCUAUGUCAUCAAUCUGGCUAUGGGCCGGACCCUGGCCAGCAAGCAUGGCUAUGAUGUCGAUUCUAACCAGGAGAUGAUUGCCCUGGGCUGUAGCAACUUCUUCGGCUCCUUUUUCAAGAUCCACGUCAUUUGCUGCGCUCUCUCUGUCACACUGGCUGUGGAUGGGGCUGGAGGGAAGUCCCAGGUGGCAAGCUUGUGUGUGUCUCUGGUGGUGAUGAUCACCAUGCUGGUCCUGGGAUCCUAUCUGUACCCUCUCCCCAAGGCUGUGCUCGGUGCCCUGAUUGCUGUCAACCUCAAGAACUCCCUUAAGCAACUCACUGACCCCUACUACCUCUGGAGAAAGAGUAAGCUGGACUGUUGUGUCUGGGUGGUGAGCUUCCUCUCCUCGUUCUUCCUGAGCCUGCCCUAUGGCGUCGCAGUGGGUGUGGCCUUCUCGAUCCUGGUUGUGAUCUUCCAGACCCAGUUUCGAAACGGCUCUGUGCUGGCCCAGGUCGUGGACACGGACAUCUAUGUGAACCCCAAGACCUACAACAGGGUCCAGGAAAUUGAGGGAGUUAAGAUUGUCACUUACUGCUCCCCUCUCUACUUUGCCAACUCAGAGAUCUUCAGGCAAAAAGUCAUUGCCAAGACAGGUAUGGACCCCCAGAAAGUAUUACUCGCCAAGCAGAAAUAUCUUCGGAAGCAGGAGAAGAGGAUGGCGAUGCCCACACAGCAGAGAAAGUCCCUCUUCAUGAAAACCAAGACAGUCUCUCUACAGGAACUCCAACAGGACUUUGAAAGCGCUCCCUCUACUGACCCCAACAACAACCAAGCUCCUACAGCUGACACGCACAUAUCCUACAUCACCUUCAGUCCAGACACCUCAGCAGUGGCCUCCAGUGAGCUGCCUGCCUCCACUCAGUCCCCUGGGGAGGCUAGUGAUGCUCUAGCUAGCGUGCCGCCCUUUGUCACCUUCCACACUCUCAUCCUUGACAUGAGUGGGGUCAGCUUUGUGGACUUGAUGGGCAUCAAAGCUCUAGCCAAGCUAAGCUCCACCUAUGAGAAGAUCGGAGUCCAGAUGUUUCUGGUGAACAUCCAUGCCCAGGUGUACAAUGACAUCAGCCACGGAGGUGUCUUUGAAGAUGGGUGUGUACAGCGCAAUCACGUGUUCCCCAGCAUCCACGAUGCAGUCCUCUUUGCCCAGGCAAAUGCUCCAGAAGCCCCAGCCAGCAACUUCCAGGGGGCUCCAGGGGACACUGACUUCUCCUUGUAUGACUCAGAAGAGGAAGGUCCCAGCUAUUGGGACUUAGAACAGGAGAUGUUCGGGACCAUGUUUCACACAGAGACCCUGACUGUCCUGUGAGGACCCAUUUGAUUCCCACACUUCCUCCUGAGCACCUGGUAUCUGGGAUUUCCAUGGAUGAUAAACUCGGGAUCGCAGGAGUGACUGAGAGAAGAGUAUGUCUGCCAAGAUGCUAGAGCCUCUCUCAACUCUUUGUUCUCUCUCCCACCUUUCCCUCUCUCCCUGUCUCCCUGGGAGAGAGCCAUCUCGGCCUCUGCAGCUGGAUGAACCUGCCCUGACAAAGAUGAGACUCUGGUGAACCCAUCUCAUCACCUCCCCCUUCCCACUCAAGCCUGGGCCAGCUAUAAGCUCAUUGCACCCAUCAAUGCAAGCCCCACCCAUGGCAGCUGAUGGACACCUUGACUUCCAGCCUUAAGAGUGAGCUAAGAACAGAAUGAUGAGAGCAACUGUGCUGAGCUGGGAUGCAGUUCAAAUGGGUCUGUGUCCUGAGUGACUAGGCCUGAGGAGGUUUCAGGAUGUCGUGGGACACAAGAAAGAACGGGGUUAGAAUGUGGAAGCUUGUCCCUCCCGUUGCUUCUUCUAGUUGUUAGCUUUGUGCCUCAAUGACACGGUACUGCCCACAAUCCAGGAGACUCUGUCUUUGUGCCCAUUUCUCUCUCAUUGUUCUAAGACUACGCAGGCCCCCACUGGUGUUCAGCACUUCAGUCACUAGUGUGGACAGUGGAUAGGGACCCUCGAGAUUAUCAGCACUACCUCUCCAGGGACAGCCCACAAAGGGGCUGACUCCACCUUCUGAAUCUUCCCCGCCUGGAGGCUGCCCCAUUCUGAGGAGCAGGGGACUAGCAGAAUCCUCUGAUACAGCAGCAGCUAUUCUGCACAAAAUCUUCUAAGAAACCCUCUUUACUGGAUGAAGGGAAGGGGUAAUAGAUUGCUAAUGUAAACUCAGGCAAAACUGGUGGGUCCUAGGUCCUGACCGUCCACCUGACCUCGGAGCCCAUGGUGCCUCACUUGGAAAAUCUGCCAUGUCCAUUUUCACUUGGAAAGGACAAGUCAUUUGCACCCUCCCCUAUUAGCCUGUACCCCAGAGCUGUCUGUGAUGGUAGAUCCUGACAGGCAGGGCAGGAAGUCCUGAGGUACCAGCUUCAAAACCCUACUGGGUAUAGAUGUGAAGGACUAUUCCAGACUGGAUCUCCCUCUACAUGGAACUCUUAACAAUCUCCAGACCUUUUUACCCUAGGGAAAGUGACAAUAGGGGUUAAAUUCUCAGGUAAACAGAGAGAUUUCUAGAGACAUCCUACUGUCGACUUGAAAGUAAAUACAGUCUCUCUUCUCUCUCUCUAUUUCUCUCUCUAUUUCUCUCUCUCAUUAUCUCUCUCUCUUUCUCUCUCUCCCUCCCCCCCCACACCCACACAGAAAAUCUGGCGUCUCUUCUUUGUUUUUCAAGUCCCUUCAAUGUAAUGAGCCCUGUGCCAACAGGUUGGGCCAGCCCAACAUAGGAAAGUAACCCAAUUAUUAACUUCAGCCUGACCUUCGUUAUGUAUGUUUGUGUUAAGUAAACUGGUGAGCUAGUCUUCAUAGAGUUAAAGAACGGGGCUCUGUCAACAAGCCAACACAUUCUUGGCCACAGCUGUUCCUUCUCAGUGAGUUCAUUAUGCCAUCUGGCUGCCAAUGGAGCCCAAAACUUGGAAGGCAGAAAGACAAUGUUAUCUAGGAUCCACUGUGCCCUGCGCUCAAAGUGCCAAAUUCCAGAAGGUAAAAAAACCUCAGCCAAUGACAAUCUAUCCUCCCCUACUCCACCUCCUCCAAAGUCCAGGAAGCAGAGAAGGUCACGGAGCCUCAGGACAUUAUAAAUCCCCUUUAAACCAAGUGUCUAGAUCCCAUUAACCUGCAGCCCAGGCUUGGAACUAAAAGGAAUGGCAGACUCAAUGUGGCUGGGGUUUGGAGUCUGGGGAUGUGGAUCUGCAAACAUGUUGAAUCUGUAUACACUCACAGAACCCAUGGGGAAGGUGUGGUUAGAAAUAGAGUGUGCGAGGGUACAAUAAAAAGGUGCUGGAGAAAACUCCACAGUUGCAACUCUUGGGGAAGAAUGUAAACAUCCCACAAACUGCUGCCCUGGACAUGACUAAGGCAUGAAGGGCGGGUGUAAGGGAACAGUAAUCCAGAUUUUCAAUACCUGUGCAUGUUCUUACAGACACUGACCUAUGACAUAGAUUCCCUGGGAAGGCUGCAACCCUUACCUCUUGAGAUAUUUGUAUAAUUUAUUUAAAUGCCAGUCUCCUUUGUUUUGGUAAUAAAGUGGUCUUGAAAU